CUACGCCACAGGGGUCAAAGUUGACAGUUCGCCUCUCAAAAUGGCGGCUGAACCAACACGGGAGUGGAGCGAUGAGCAGCUCAAAAGUGAUGAUUUGCCCAAAAAAGACUUAAUAAAGUUCAUUCAGGACAAUGCAGCACACUCGUUUCUCAAUGAGCACAAGCUGCUGGGAAACAUCAAAAAUGUUGCCAAAACAGCCAAGAAAGAACAGCUGAUUAUUGCCUACAAUCAGCUCUUUGAGAGCAAAAGGUUUAAAGGCACCGAACCAGUCGAAGAAGUGACCGAGCAGGUUAAAGCUGUCAAAAUUGACGAGAAGCCCAAAGAAGUCAAGACAGAGGUUGUGGACGAGGGUCCGCCCAAGUACACCAAGUUGGUGUUGAAGAAAGGUGACAAGACGAACUUUCCAAAGAAAGGCGAGACUGUGAGCUGCUGGUACACUGGUACUCUGGAGGAUGGCACUGUGUUCGACACCAACAUACCCACACUGGCAAGAAAGAAAAAACAAACCAAACCACUGAGCUUCAAAGUCGGCCUGGGCAGAGUCAUCAGAGGAUGGGAUGAGGGCCUUAUGACAAUGAGCAAGGGUGAAACGGCUCGACUGGAGAUUGAACCAGAGUGGGCCUAUGGAAGGAAGGGGCUCCCUGACUCCAAAAUUCCACCCAACGCAAAACUGAUUUUCGAGGUCGAGCUGGUGGCUGUGGAUUAGUUUACAGCUGUUGAUCAGCAUGCACUACAUCUCAAGGAUGGACUUGUCAUGAUUCGAGUUAAAAUGGCGCUUUGACUGUGCAGUUCUGUUUCUACUUUCUCAUUUAUGAUCACGAUCACAAGAAAUGAUGACCAGUUAUUACAAUGUUUUACGUUUUGGCUUGUCAAUAAUGUAAAUAUGAGACACCCUGAAACCUUAUUCUGUAUUGUUUUGGUUCUUUUGCAUGUAAAAUGUAAAUGAUAAAUAAACCUGUUUCAGAGACGA